AUGGAGAAUAAUAAGAAACUUCCCAUUGACCAGAAAUUCUGCGAUGGAUGUGAGGAGCCAGAAAUUGAGAAGGUUCCACCAUGUCCAUUACAAUGCCGAUCUAGGCAGUGCAAGGCCUAUCAGACCAAGUCCAAAUUUGACCCUGAAACUAAGCCUAUAGUAUGGGUACUGGGUGGGCCAGGAUCUGGCAAGUUUACCCAAUGUACCAAGGUGGAGAAAACAUAUGGAUUCACCCACUUGUCCACCGGAGAUCUAAUGAGAGAAGAAGAGAAGGCUCGAACUCCGAGAGCCAAGUGCCUGGGCUCUAUUAUGGCACGAGGUGGCUUAGCACCCAACGACGUAGUUCUGGCUGUACUGAAGGACGCCAUGGAAGAAGCUGCUAAGAAAGGAACACACGGCUACCUAAUUGAUGGGUAUCCACGCGAGAAAUCUCAAGGUGAAGAGUUUGAGAGGACUAUUGGACCGGUUGCUCUAAUAUUGUAUUUUGAGGCUUCACCCCACACCUUGUGCCAACGGCUACUAGGGCGUGCAGAAGCAUCAAAAGAAGAUAGCAGAAGGAAAGAUGAUAAAUACAGCGUCAUGAAAUUGCGCAUAGCAACCUUCAUCGAGAAUAACAAGGGCAUCUUAGAGCGCUAUGGCAACAAAGUUAAAAGGAUCGAUGCGGAACAAUCGCCCGAUGAAAUUUUUGCCGAAGUGCAGACAUAUUUAGAGCCGAUAGUAGCACAAGCAGCUCUGAUUGAAGCUGAAAAAAUAGAAGCUGAAGCGGAGGAAAAGAUGAAAGUUGUGAGAGCGUUUACACGUUCUUCAAUAUCUGUUGCUCGGUACUCAAGGUCUAAAAGUGCGGACGUCGACACUAAACUUUUAGCAGCUGCGGCCGAAGCUGCUGCUGCCGAAGCUAGGGCGACAGCUGCUCGUAACGCUGCCGAAGCUGCCAGGGCUAGAUUGGAGGAAUUGGAAGAACGCAACCGCAACAACAAAAAAUAA